AUGAUUGCCAUAGGUUUAGAGGGCAGUGCCAAUAAACUAGGCGUCGGGAUAAUAUCUCACCCAGGACAAGGUCUACCGGCAAAGAUUUUGUCCAAUAUUCGACACACCUUCAUAUCGCCUCCGGGUGAAGGAUUUCUUCCCAAGGACACUGCAAAGCAUCAUAGAUCAUGGAUAGUCGGUUUGAUCAAGCAGGCAUUGACAGAAUCAGGAUUGAAGAUAAGUGAUAUAGACUGCAUUUGCUACACCAAAGGGCCAGGAAUGGGUGCACCUCUUCAAAGCGUGGCAAUAGCUGCUCGAACUCUCGCCAUGCUAUGGAACAUAGAACUAGUGGCUGUCAACCAUUGUGUUGGACAUAUAGAAAUGGGACGGGAAAUAACCGGCAGUCAGAAUCCUGUCGUCCUUUACGUCAGCGGUGGAAACACACAGAUCAUUGCGUAUGCGGAGCAACGCUACCGUAUUUUCGGUGAAGCCCUAGACAUUGCUGUUGGCAACUGCCUGGAUCGGUUUGCACGCACACUUGGAAUUAGUAAUGAUCCUGCACCUGGCUACAACAUUGAGCAACUCGCAAAGAAUGGCAAAGUUCUACUAGAUUUGCCUUAUACAGUAAAGGGUAUGGACUGCUCAUUUUCAGGAAUCUUAGCAUGUAUCGACCAGUUGGCCGUUGAAUUAAAAGCGACCUCUAAAAUUCGAUGCUGUACGGCUGAAGAAACCAUCACCACCGCAGAUCUCUGUUUCAGUUUACAAGAGACAAUAUUUGCAAUGUUGGUCGAAAUUACAGAGAGAGCAAUGGCCCAUGUUGGGUGCAGCGAAGUAUUAAUUGUGGGAGGGGUAGGCUGCAAUGAAAGAUUACAGGAAAUGAUGAAGAUAAUGGCCCAUGACAGAGGUGGUCAAGUGUUUGCGACUGAUGAGCGCUUUUGCAUUGAUAAUGGAAUAAUGAUAGCUCACGCGGGAUUAUUGGCCUACGGCACUGGAUUUAGAACUUCCAUCGAAGAAAGUACAUGUACUCAGCGCUUUCGUACGGACGAGGUCUUGAUCAAAUGGAGGACUUAA